UUCACGAAAUUGGCCCACAUGUUUGUCCAUGUUCUUUUACCAGUCGCACUUUUCUACGGCGACCUGGUCAGUGAUGCCUUGGUUAUGAGCAAAUUCUGGCAAAGUCGGCGCUUUCAGUAUUUCACGUUGAAUGCCCUGGCUAUUCUUGCUGGACUGGUGACCACAAGUGUGAUAGGAUCUGCGGGUAUGGGCGGUUCGAGCGACGUGCUUCGACCCAUCCGGGGUUACACAGGUGCGCUGACAUUUCUGCACCUCCUCCCACUUUACUGCCUAAUAUGUGCCUUUCAGGAAUUUUGGGCCGCAAAAUUUGCCACAUACAAGUCCGAUGCCUUUGACCGCCGGCUGAGAGACAGCGGCCUCACAGCAUUGAUGGCUUCCUCGACCAUUGGUGAGACAUUUGGGGAAGCGAUGCUCAGUUCGUUUGUGCAGCUGUAUGCGGCACUUCGUCAAGGACCAAUGCAGUGGCCAUCCCUUUUGGCCUGCUCUGUUUUGCUGAGCCUGAUCUCACUUGGUGAGUCCUUCUCCAAGAUCGAUAAGUUUGGUCAUGUGAGCCGUUAUCGACAGGGGCAAGCCGUGGUGGUUGGCGUGGCCAAGCCGCAGUCUGUGGCGUAUGCCGCCCUGUUGCUCUACAGGUGGCUGGCUGUCUGCAGCCGAUUGCUGCUUUUCCCGCUGUUUCAGCUGGCAUUGCAUGAGGAACUUCAGCUCUGGCAUGUGGCAUAUGGUGGUUCCCUUCUAUGGAUCGCAGACUGCAUUCUCCAAGCAGGCCUGGUGCUCUACUGCACCGAGAAUCCGUGGAAACUCUUCUUUGCGAUUCCCAACACGCUUAGCUCGUUCGAGCCACUGCUUUUGAGCGGAGAAGGUGCUUUGCUUUCUGUUAAUGUGGAGUUGCAUGCAGUUCUCCAUUGCGCCGAGUCGGUGGCUGCGAUCUGGAUGGCCAACGCAUUUGGGAGUGGAGUCCCGGGAUUAUGGGAAGAACACGGCUUUGCCCUCCGACUGUUCCUUGCUUCUAGUGUGAUUCAAUGGCCUUUACUCGUGAUUCUGCGCUGCUUCUGUUCCCACCAACUUCCAAGCCAUGAUUUGGUGGCUGUGACGGAUUGCCUUUCUGAAGAUGCACAAAACAUUUGCGACUCUUGCGACGCAAAGAUCCCGUUGUAUGUGGCGGCAACUGUUCCCUUCACGAUGCACAGCGGCUGUGAUGUGAAAAAGCUGAUUGAUCUCAUGAUGGAGGGCCAGGAAUUUUCACAGGUGGCGGCCCAAACCUGUGACCUCGUGAAGCGUCACGUCCUUCCAGGACAGAUCUCCCAACUCCCUGCAGAUGUCACGCCUGCCAGGUGUAUGGAAGCCAUCUUGUGCGUCAUGGAAGCGCACUUGUCCAGCCCGGAAGUCCAGGAACAGGCUGUGUGGUGCUUGAAGAACUUGGCGUUGAAUCGACCAGAAAACGAAGAGAGACUCAUGGAACGGGAGGGCGCUGCUGCGGCCAUUUUGAGGGCCAUGAGAAAGCACUGCAGCAAUGAAGCCGUGCAAAAAGAAGGUUGCGUGGCGCUGACGAAAUUGACUACGAAACACCAGAACGUCUUGAGGUUUCUGAGUCUUGAAGCAGAUCAGGUCAUUUUGGAGUCCAUGCAAAACCACACAACCAGCGUCGGUGUGCAAAGGUGGGCCUUUCAGGCCUUGGGAAACUUGGCCGAGAGCCGUGAGGGAAGAGCCAAGUUGCAUGAACCCGUGGCAGUUGACAUCAUGGACGCUGCCAUGAGCAGCGGCAACUCGGAGAUUCAGAAGAGGGGCCAACUGCUUCGUGAAAAGUUGGCGGAGGGCCACACAGGGCCAUGAGACGUUCGCCCUGCUUUUCAGAAUCUGCUACGAUGUGCCAAGAGAGGUCAUGGAGAUCACGGAGGUGGACGUCACCGGUGACGCCAGAGUUAUCGACAACUCACAGCUCAAGGUGAAUGGGCACUCCGUGAGGCCGAUGCGACAAGACGUCAAGUGAUCGAAAAA